AUGCCUGUGCCACACGGUGAUAUUCUACAAGAUUUAAUCGUCAGAGAUGCUCAUAAACGUGAUAAUUUAUUGCUUGAAGCUACAAAACUAAAGACUUGGGGGCUAACCCCAAGACAAUUAUGUGAUGUGGAAUUAAUAUUGAACGGUGGGUUUUCACCAUUAGUUGGAUUUUUGACACAACAAGACUACGAAUCUGUUGUGACAAAUUGUAGGCUGAAAAAUGGGAUUCUGUGGACUAUUCCUAUCACCCUUGAUAUAAAUGCUGAAUUUGCUGCUGAGUUGAAACCUGGCGAUAGAGUGACGUUAUUGCAAGAUGAAGAGAUCUGCAUUGCUAUUCUUACCGUACAAGAUGUGUAUAGACCGGACAAAAAGAUGGAAGCUGAAAAAGUAUUUCGAGGCGAUGAGGAGCAUCCUGCUGUCAAGUAUCUCAAUAAUGAGGCUGGGGAAUUUUAUGUCGGUGGCUCCUUAGAGGCUAUCCAGCUGCCAGUGCAUUAUGACUAUCCUGGUUUGAGGAAGACUCCUGCUGAAUUGAGAGCAGAAUUUAAGUCUAAGAAAUGGGAUCGUAUAGUCGCUUUCCAGACACGGAAUCCUAUGCAUAAGGCCCAUCGGGAACUGACAGUACGCGCUGCAAGAGAACACAAUGCGAAAGUUCUUAUUCAUCCUGUAGUGGGCCUAACUAAGCCUGGGGAUAUAGAUCACCAUACUCGUGUUAGAGUUUACCAGGAAGUCAUAAAAAGGUAUCCAAAUGGUCUUGCACAGCUAUCUUUGUUGCCAUUGGCUAUGAGAAUGGGAGGUGACAGGGAAGCUGUAUGGCAUGCUAUUAUUAGAAAGAACUAUGGUGCUACCCAUUUUAUUGUAGGCCGGGACCAUGCUGGGCCAGGUAAGAACUCCAAAGGAGUUGAUUUCUAUGCGCCUUACGAUGCGCAAGACUUGGUUAGACAUUAUAGCGAUGAGUUAGAUAUUCAGGUUGUUCCUUUUAGAAUGGUAACGUACUUGCCUGAUGAGGGCAGAUACGCGCCACUUGAUGAAAUUGACACUUCCAUUACAACAACGUUAAACAUCAGCGGUACAGAAUUGAGAAAACGUUUAAGAUAUGGUGAAGAUAUCCCUGACUGGUUCUCUUACCCAGAAGUUGUGAAAAUACUUAGAGAAUCUAACCCUCCUAAAAAGAAUCAGGGAUUUGCUGUUGUUCUAAAAGAUGGAAAUUCUAAGCAACUUGCAACUGCAUUGCUAUCUACUUUCUUACAAUUUGGUGGUAGUAGGCACUAUAAAAUAUUUGAUCACAAAAAUCAAGAUGAUUUAAUCGAAGUGGUUCCUGAAUUCAUUCGAAGUGGUACUGGACUGAUUAUUUCUAGAGAUUUAAACCAAUCUGAUGGUAUUAGAAACACUUACACCAUUGGUGACGACUCUAAUUGUAACGUCCAGAUUUCAUCAAAUGAACCAAUCUUGAACAUCGUCCAGAAGGUGGUUCUAUUCUUAGAAGAUAAUGGAUAUUUUGUAUUUUAA